UGCGCGUUGGGGGCGGCGGGCGGGCCGUGGGGUCCGGCCAGGUCCUGGCGGAGACUCCCGGUCGGAGCUGUGCCGGGUCGCGGCGGCCCUGCUGACCCUCGGGUGUCCUAUGUGUGUGCCUUGCCCUGCCCAGGGAGACAGACAUGGAGAACUGCUUGGCGGCGGCGGUGCUGAACGGGGUGGACCGACGUUCCCUGCAGCGCUCGGCCAGGCUGGGCCUGGAAGUGCUGGAGCGGGCCAAGAGGAGGGCGGUGGACUGGCCUGCCCAGGAGCGCCCCGAAGGCAGCGCGGGGCGCUCUUCCCGGGGGCCAGCCCCCGGUCCCCACGGCCUUCUCCCCGGGGAGAGAGAAGAAAGGCAACCAACCCUUAGCACUUCCUUCAGAACAAUGGCUGAAUUCAUGGACUAUGCUUCAAGUCAGUGUGGGAAAUAUUCUUCAUCUAAGCCAGAGGAAGGAGGGGCAACCCAUGUCUUUCGUUACCACAGAGGGACGUCAGAGAUACAACUGUGCACAGAUUUACACCAUGGUCAGAUAAAAGACAGAGAAAAGCCACCCCUCCAUGCAGAAGGCAUCCAUCAAACAUCAGAGCUUGCUUCAGAGGCAUCCCAUCUGGUGAAUGCAGCCCGGGAGUGUGCUGGGCUUUCCCACCGUUGUCAUCCCGUGACUCAGGCUGAGGACGUCUCUAAGGACCUCUACAUAGAAGUAUAUCCAGGGAUCUAUUCUGUUACUGUGGGCUCCAGUGCCUUAACCAAGAUGACUCAUGUGGUAGCAGUUGAUUCAGGACAAAGUGUGGACUUGGUCUUCCCUGUGUGAUGCUGCCAUCACAUCCUUGUUUUUCACAAAGCAAGAAUAGUCCACCAUACGAUUCUCAUCAUGAUGACACAUUAGGCCUGCUUUUAGUACUGACUGUAGAGGAUCGGACUUGCUGGGACCUGGAGUCUGUUUUAGUGCCCAUUUUAACCUGAAUGUAGACAAGUCCCCCAUCCGCAUUUGCCUGAAAGCAAUAAUGUGAUCAUGCUGUCUGAAGAAUUUUUACUGCUGGCUUCCUAAGUAGAGGUUAAUUAUGAUAAUAAAAGGAGAAAUUUGAAAACAAUUCAUAUUUACUAGUACUUAAAAAUGGAAAACACAGUGACCCUCCUGUUUAGGCUCUCUGAAAGAUUGGAGAAGCUAUAGACACAUGGGCCCAAAGCUGGCCACGUCACCGUGCUGCCAGCUUCUGGGCCUCUCCUGCUCAUCUGCUGGGAGGUCUUAAUGGGGUAAAGAUGCUGCUGCUUAUUGACUGUCACGUGACCUGUGCUCUACCUCCCUCCACCGAAGGCCUUGUCAACCUCUUUUUGUAAUGCCUCCUCAAGUAUUUACCAUUAUAAUCAUUUAACUUGCUAUAAUAAAAAAAUGCUGGGUGUGUCA